AUGUCUCGAUGGAAAGCCUUCGUCAGUAAACACCUGAGAUGGUCCAGCACCUUCACCCAGGCCCUUGUCCUGUCCAUCAUCACGUUUGGUGUGGUUCUACCUCUGUGCUGCCAUCGGCUACUCUACUCUUACUUCUUCAUCAAGUCCAUGUACCUGAAGUCCAUGAGUGAAGAUGUCCUGCAGAAAAGUCUCCGAAGAGGCCAAGAUGCUCUGCAUUUCUGGCAGAGCACUCCCAGUACUGCAGCAGUGUCCUCCAGGUUCAGAGACAUUACCCAGCAUCCUGACUUGCUGGUCACCGUGGUGACAGCCAGGCGAGGUGAAGGGCAGGACUUUCACUACCUUCUGCAGGUAAUGCAGCAGCUGAGUGGCCUUCUGGGGAGCUGUGGGGAGCUGAGGUGUGCAGAGGUGUUGGUCUGCGACGUGGAAAGUGAUCCCCAGGAAAACCAGGAUGCAAGGCUGCUAGAGAAUCACUUCCAGGUGAUCCGGCGUUCCUUGGAGGAGCAGCAGAGGAACAGAGAGCGAAUCAACACUUUUGAAAGAGAGAAGAGGGAUUACGUUUUCUGCCUCCGCAAGGGAUGGGAGCUGGUAAGACCCAAAAAUGUGGUUGUCUUGGAGGAUGACGCCUUGCCGAGGCAGGACUUUUUCACUGUCAUCGAGGACUUACUAUCACGUCGCUUUGCCCUCCACUCUCUUUACAUAAAGCUCUAUCACCCUGAGAGGCUGCAGCGCUACUGGAACCCUGAGCCUUACCGCAUCCUAGAGUGGGUGGGACUGGGGCUGGUAGGAGCGACCGCCCUCCUCCUCACCUUCCCGUACUGGAAUCCGCCUUUCUCUUUCACACUGUCUGCUGGUCACCUUGUCUUCUUCACUCUCUACUUCAUGGCUGUUGCUGAGCUGCUGGGGCGGCACUACCUCCUGGAGAUACGGAGACUUUCCCCCCAGCUCUACACUGUAUCUCCAGCCACAGAGUGCUGCACUCCAGCAAUGCUCUUUCCUGGGAACUCCUCCCUCAGAGUCGCACAGUACCUAGAUGCUUCACACUGUGUGAAGGGGAAUGCCAAAGACAUGGUCCUGUAUCAUAAGGCCAGGACAACCCCUGGGGAAAGGUCUCACAGUGUGGAACCAAACCUCAUCACCCAUAUUGGGGCCUACUCCUCGGUCAGGCCCAACCCAUUAAGACCCAAACUCCUCUGA